AAGCGGUUCACUGAAACAAGGGCAAAAGCCAAAAGUGAAAGCCGCUCGAGGGUCUGAGAAAGAGAGUGUCUGUGAGUGAGGUGCUUGUUGCGUUCUUUGACAGCGCCCUAAGCAGUUAAUUGUUCGGAACCAAAACGAAACCCUAUUCAAUUUCGAAGCGCAGAAGCAGAGUUCGUGCUGAGAGGAAGCAAAGAAGGGAAGAGAAGGAUGAGUAUAUGGAACUACGUUGUCACAGCUCACAAACCCACCAACGUCACUCACUCCUGCGUCGGCAAUUUCACCAGUCCUCAAGACCUCAACCUCAUUAUCGCGAAAUGCACGCGCAUCGAGAUUCACUUGCUCUCUCCUCAGGGCUUACAGCCUAUGUUGGACGUCCCGAUAUAUGGAAGAAUUGCUACGCUUGAACUCUUCCGCCCUCACGGUGAAGCACAGGAUUAUCUCUUUAUCGCAACUGAAAGAUACAAAUUUUGUGUUCUUCAAUGGGAUUCUGAGACUGCUGAGCUUGUUACCCGGGCAAUGGGGGAUGUUUCUGAUCGGAUAGGACGUCCCACUGAUAACGGUCAGAUUGGCAUUAUUGAUCCUGAUUGUAGGUUGAUUGGACUUCACUUGUAUGAUGGUUUGUUCAAAGUUAUUCCCUUUGACAAUAAAGGUCAGCUCAAGGAAGCAUUUAAUAUAAGGCUUGAGGAGCUUCAAGUUUUGGAUAUCAAAUUUCUUUAUGGUUGUUCAAAGCCAACCAUCGUGGUUCUUUACCAGGAUAAUAAAGAUGCUCGUCAUGUUAAAACAUAUGAGGUUGCGCUGAAGGAUAAAGAUUUUGUUGAAGGUCCAUGGUCCCAGAACAAUCUUGAUAAUGGGGCUGAUCUAUUGAUACCAGUUCCCCCACCACUUUGUGGCGUGCUUAUUAUUGGAGAAGAAACCAUCGUAUACUGCAGUGCUAAUGCUUUCAAGGCUAUCCCAAUCAGACCUUCAAUUACGAAAGCCUAUGGAAGAGUUGAUCCUGAUGGUUCUAGAUAUUUACUUGGUGAUCAUACGGGUUUGCUUAGCCUACUUGUAAUAACCCAUGAGAAAGAAAAGGUUACUGGACUCAAAAUUGAGCCCCUCGGGGAGACUUCCAUUGCAUCUACAAUAUCAUACCUUGAUAAUGCUUUCGUCUAUAUUGGUUCAAGUUAUGGAGACUCACAGCUUAUAAAACUAAAUCUGCAGCCUGAUGCAAAAGGUUCUUAUGUGGAAGUACUGGAAAGGUAUGUCAAUUUAGGGCCUAUUGUUGACUUCUGUGUAGUAGACCUUGAGAGGCAGGGCCAAGGUCAGGUUGUAACUUGCUCUGGAGCCUACAAGGAUGGUUCUCUGCGUGUUGUUCGCAAUGGGAUUGGAAUUAAUGAGCAGGCAUCAGUAGAGCUUCAAGGUAUCAAAGGAAUGUGGUCACUAAGAUCCUCAACUGAUGAUCCUUUUGAUACUUUUCUGGUUGUGAGUUUUAUUAGUGAAACAAGAAUCUUAGCAAUGAAUCUUGAGGAUGAGCUGGAAGAAACUGAGAUUGAGGGAUUCUGUUCUCAAGUGCAGACAUUAUUUUGCCACGAUGCUGUUCACAAUCAACUUGUUCAAGUCACUUCGAAUUCUGUCAGACUAGUCAGUUCCACAACUAGAGAGCUCCGCAAUGAAUGGUUUGCACCAUCGGGCUAUUCAGUUAAUGUAGCUACAGCAAAUGCUACCCAGGUUUUGUUGGCCACAGGAGGAGGGCAUUUGGUUUACCUUGAAAUUGGAGAUGGAAUAUUGCAUGAAGUAAAACAUGCCCAACUGGAGUAUGAGAUUUCAUGUUUAGACAUCAAUCCCAUUGGUGAAAACCCCAAUCAUAGUCAUCUUGCAGCUGUUGGAAUGUGGACAGACAUAAGUGUUAGGGUUUUUUCUCUUCCUGAUCUGAAUCUCGUCACAAAGGAACAGCUAGGAGGGGAAAUCAUACCUCGUUCUGUUCUUCUUUGUGCUUUUGAAGGGAUAUCUUACUUGCUAUGUGCCCUUGGUGAUGGACAUCUCUUAAACUUCAUGCUGAACACAAAUACUGGCGAGUUAACAGAUAGGAAAAAGGUAUCUCUUGGGACACAGCCCAUUACACUACGGACGUUCUCCUCCAAGAAUACUACCCAUGUAUUUGCUGCAUCUGAUCGGCCGACUGUGAUCUAUAGUAGUAACAAAAAAUUACUUUAUAGUAAUGUAAAUCUGAAGGAAGUGAGUCAUAUGUGUCCUUUCAAUUCUGCUGCUUUUCCAGACAGUUUGGCAAUUGCGAAAGAAGGUGAGCUUACUAUUGGCACCAUUGAUGACAUACAAAAACUACAUAUACGCUCCAUUCCGCUUGGAGAGCAUGCUCGGCGUAUCUGCCACCAGGAGCAAUCUAGGACUUUUGCUAUUUGUAGUUUGAAAUACAACCCAACGGGUGGUGAAGACUCUGAAAUGCACUUUGUCCGUUUACUGGAUGACCAGACUUUUGAGUUCAUAUCAACUUAUUCUCUUGACACAUAUGAGUAUGGUUGCUUUAUAAUUAGCUGCUCAUUCUCAGAUGAUAAUAAUGUUUAUUACUGUGUUGGAACUGCAUAUGUGUUGCCAGAGGAAAAUGAACCAACAAAAGGUAGAAUUCUUGUUUUUACUGUUGAAGAUGGAAAACUACAGCUAAUUGCUGAGAAGGAGACAAAAGGAGCUGUUUAUUGUUUGAAUGCAUUUAAUGGUAAAUUACUUGCUGCUAUUAAUCAAAAAAUCCAGCUGUACAAGUGGGUGCUACGUGAUGAUGGAACCCACGAAUUGCAGUCUGAAUGUGGACAUCAUGGACACAUCCUAGCUCUUUAUGUGCAAACUAGAGGAGAUUUUAUUGUAGUAGGUGAUCUGAUGAAGUCAAUUUCCUUGUUAAUCUAUAAGCAUGAAGAAGGUGCUAUUGAGGAAAGAGCUCGUGACUACAAUGCAAAUUGGAUGUCGGCUGUUGAAAUCCUUGACGAUGACAUUUACCUUGGUGCAGAAAAUAAUUUUAAUCUGUUCACUGUUCGGAAAAAUAGUGAAGGUGCUACUGACGAAGAGCGGGGUCGUCUUGAAGUGGUUGGUGAGUAUCACCUUGGAGAAUUUAUUAAUCGGUUCCGGCAUGGCUCCCUCGUUAUGCGCUUGCCAGAUUCUGAUGUUGGGCAGAUUCCAACAGUUAUCUUUGGUACCAUUAAUGGUGUUAUUGGGGUAAUUGCUUCUCUUCCGCACGAGCAAUAUGUUUUCUUGGAGAAACUUCAGUCAAAUUUGAGGAAGGUAAUUAAAGGUGUUGGAGGACUCAGCCAUGAGCAAUGGAGGUCGUUUAACAAUGAGAAGAAAACUGUUGAAGCCAGAAACUUUUUGGAUGGAGAUUUGAUUGAAUCAUUUCUGGAUCUCAACCGCAGUAGGAUGGAUGAAAUUUCCAAGGCAAUGGAUGUUUCUGUAGAGGAGUUAUGCAAAAGAGUGGAAGAGUUGACCAGGUUGCACUGAGUUUGUUAUUUUUUUUUCUCUCAAUUAGCAUCCUUCUUCCUUUUUAAUUUUUCAGGGUAUGGGUGAGGGCUAUAGUAUUAUAUGAUAUUUUGUACCCCAUGCUCACCUUCGUUUGUGUUUUGCAAUGAAUGAAUCACAAUUGGUGUAUGAUAUGAAUGCCAUGUUCUGAGGCAUAAUAGCGUUUUCUUUUCUAAAUUUUGUAAAACACCAUCGAUUUCCUAAUAUUUGCUUAGUUAUUUAUAUGUUAAAA